AUGACUAAGCUCGAGUAUCAGCAGUAUCAGAAGUCCUACCAACAUUUCUCGGGAAAGAUGCUUAGAAAGCAUGAACAAACUACCAAGAAAAGAUUAAAAAAGAAACGAAUUCGUUCUGCGUUUACAACAAAUCAGUUGACGAUGUUAGAGAAAACAUUUAGUAGCUACAAGUACCUCACUCGACAAAGACGUAUAGAAAUAUCUCAAGCUUUAAAUAUCAGUGAACGUCUAUCUGAUCAGGCUUUAAGAUCAGAUCCCGGUUACUACAAUUAUCAUUACCCUCCCACGGGUGUAGGGAAUGGGUAUGAAUUGGAUUAUAGUUCAGUUAGUGAUUCAUCUACUGCACCUUAUAAUGAAAAUGAAACAUCCUAUUCAAACGUGUCUGACUUGGUCAAAGAAAAUGUCAAUAAACCUCCUAUAAAUACACAAAUUUUGCUUGCGACCACAAAAGAAGCCAAUGGAACCACCUGCACAAGUUACAAUGCAGAAGAAUAG